AAAUAAUCCAAAGCCAAAUACUCACUUUGCAGCCUGGCCAAUGCCAAAAUGAUAACCUGACAACUCGCCAUCCAAUCUCUUGGCAGUGGUAAGGCCGAGGCAUUCUGAACAGCCCAGCACUAUCAUGUUUUGCUUGGACAUCAUAGCCGUUCCAGAAAUGUACUCUAUGUAUGCUGCAUUUCUUCUGUGCACGAGGCACCUCCUUCCAGUAAUCGUUCAAAAGUAAACAGCUAUGGCCUGAUCCUGUGCGGAUAUGAAACACACCUAUAGACAUGAAGUAAUCUGAUUCCUCAUGCUCCAUAAAUGGCCUGUGGGUUAAACGAAGGCUCACUGCCAAUACACUUGAAUUGGGUUCCUGUUUUAAUCGGAGUCUGAAUCGGAGAAAAAUUUAUACUGUUCUUUUAAAAAUCACUGCAAUGCAGACUGAGACUGAGACCGCCUCGCACAUACAAACUCGGACAAGUUGCAGUUGAGUGUGAUUGCAAUGAGGGGGAGAACACACUGUUUUCCAUUUAAACAGACUUAUGUUAAAGCACCUGUAGUUUGCAUAGCUGUGGGGAGUAUCAUCCUACCAAGGCCACACUUGAGCUUGAUGCCUCCUUUUUUUUUUUUUGCUUGUCACAGGAGCUGGUACAAACGCAUACAUAUGCUGCUUCAUAGUUCUCCCUAGAUGGAAAAAGCAGACAGUUGGGGACCUUUUAAGGAUUAUCAAACAACUGUGUAGGAAGAGAUAUCAGUGACAUCAGAGCUAUAAUCAGAGCUUGGGCUUCACAGACACUUUAAAGAGGAAGAACGCAACCAUACACACACACACACACACUGUAUAUGAGAGACAUGGCAUUCUGGUUUCUGGUUCCUAGAAUUUAACUCCCACUGGCCAGAUGCUUGGAUUUCAUUAGGUUUAUAUUGGGUUGGUUUUAUGUUGAAAGCCAUGUGACAAAUCAGUUCCUUCAGCUAAGUAAAAAGAUGUAAAAGGAACAAAGUAAAACAUUAUAAUACAGAGACAAGUGCCAUAGCUUGUAUAAUAUAAUCUUUUAAAGGUUUUAAAAUGGAUGUUUUUUAUUCUAAAAUUGUAUUGCUACAUUUAUCUUCAUAGAAGAUAAACACGAACAGUCACUUUAGUAAUACAUAGUUCAUUGUCAAUAAAUAUUUAGCUGUUUAAAUGCUAAUUAGCAUGUAUUUAAAAUAUUGAUUAGGCAAUGUAAUCGAUUAUAACCUGCAGAACAAUUUUUAGCUAAAAAUCUGAUCUGUAUGACUGAGACUGGUUUGAAGUUGGACACACUUUAGUCCUUCUAGACUUUGCCAGAAUUCAUGUACUCACAGAGCUAGAGAUAAUUGGGAUUAAACGGGUUAAGUUUUUUCGUCGAGGGCGAGUCUGUCUCUACAACUUCCUUCCCACUAUGCAUGAUGUUCUAUUUAAGUUAUGCUUCAAGGAAACCAGACCUGGUGUUUUAAGGAAACGCAUUAUAAUUAGGCACUGAUGAUCUCUACUUGUGCUGCAUGUAACUGGAUAUGAAGGGGAAAUCAUGUAGGAAGUUUGUACACGUUCAUCCACCACAGAACGGAGGGCUUCCACAAAAACAAGAGCAUACACAGGAAGUCAGCGCUGAUUCCUACUCCCUGUGCCGAGUCUCUUACUAAUUUUCCUCCCCAGAUGGCUUAAGGAAAGAUCAAGUCUGUCAUUAUUGCUGCUCCACCCAGAAAAAUAAGCACAUUCUCACAAUCUGUGCACUUUCAUUUCCAAGCUCUCUACAGUUAAGAUUUCUUUCUUGUUAGGGCAUCAGAGACAUAAGUUUCAAUAUGAAAUAGAAGGAAAUAGGAAACAUUAGGGUUGGGUUCUUAUGUGGUCUGGACAGGUCUGUACCUGCAUGCUUGCGUAUGCUGCAUUGUGUGGAGUGUUGGAGGUGUUUCAUUACAUCACGCGAUGGUGUGUCACACCUUUUAAGCUAGGACCCACCUCUUUUGAGAAUUUGUAUUCACUAAGAGGAGCUGGUUUACACUGUGCACUCUGUGUUGCUGUGACAAUAGACAGUGUUUAGUUUUGUAUUUUUGUAAUAGACAUUUCGAGCUUUUGAUUUGUUUUUUAUGGAUUGUAUCAAAUGAGUGUGAUUAUCAAAGGAAUGACUUGAAACUACUCGUACUGGGUUGCUACUUGAAAGGAUUACGGUGCUAUGCAUAGAUCUCUGAGUUUGAGAUUAUCCAGAAGACAACAUGAGUACAGCUACCCAGUGGAGAGCGGGACUCUCCCCAUGAGAGCCAAGAAGGAAAAGAUGGUGAAAAAGAAGCUUGAGCAAAAGAAAGCCUACAGCCUAGAGGAAGCUCAGCUCGAGAUGGAGCAGCAGCACAAAAGCCAGAGCAGGCCGGUCCUGCCCAGGUCUCAGACAGUCGCAGGACCUUUGGAAAGGAACGACAGCAUGAACUCAAGAAGUAGCUUCAUGAAGCACAACAAAACAUUCCACAAACUCUUCCCAGAUAUCCCUGAGAGUGAAGACUUAUUACACGCCUACAUCUGUGCACUGCAGAGGGAGGUACCAUACCAUGGCCGUCUCUAUAUCACAGAAAACAACGUAUGCUUUCACUCCUCCGUGCUUCUCAAGGCUACCAAGGUGGUGAUCCCUGUGUCUAAUAUCACGGUCCUGAAGAAGCAGAAUACAGCGCUGCUGGUGCCAAACGCUCUGUCUAUCCGCAGCAACCUGGGAGAGAAGUAUUUGUUUGUGUCUCUGCGGAACCGUGAAGGCUGCUACAGGCUGCUGCGCUCUGUUUGCUCACAUCUGGAGGAUGGCAGCACCAACAGCAGCCCUCUUUUCUCGUCCGCCGAGAACAGCUUUGAUCAGGGCAAACUGGUGAACUCGAGUCAGUCGAGCCUGACUGACGCCUACGAGGAGCUUGAUGGAACAGACUCUGGACUUUUACUGCAACCUCCUCCUACUAAACUUCACACAGCCUCAAUCUCAAAUGGAAGUCCUCCAACACGAAGAAGUCCUCACAGUGAAGAAGAUGAGAGUCAGGCUGAGGAGCACAUGGGAAGCUCGUGGAUGUGGAGUGUGACUGACGGAGCUAGAUCACUGCUCAUCCAGAGAGAAGCCACCAGCCUCAACACACUGCUGCUCAUCUACUUAAUGCUGGUGGUGCUGCUCGUGCUGUCCUCUGGGUAUAUCGGCCUGCGCAUUGUGGCUCUGGAGGAGCAGCUGACUACUCUGGGAGCCUUGCCUGAAUUCACUCUACACAGCGGGUACAAGGACACAUAAUUAUGCCAGAGAAAGGAGAGAAGUGUUUAUCUGAUGACCCUGAGGAGGAAUGACAAUUUCAACAAUGUCACUCCAUAUUUCAGCAUUUCUCAGACCCCAGUAGAGCCAAAGUGCUGUGAGCAUUAUUCACUCUCAGCAAGAAGAAAACCAAAGCGCUCUGUGAGGCAUCGUGCCAGGAGUCUUGUGACGCAUUUCCUCCCAAUGAACUAAAGAAGGUUCUGAGUGGGAGGGGGCGCGGCAGUUUCCAAAGAAAAGGGUGUCUGCUAGCAUAACCUGGUUACGCCUUUCCACCUUUAAUCUCAGCUUGGUUGAUGAUUGCAUCUUUCAUUCUUUCUGAUCAGGCUCCUCUCGUGAAGAUGAUUUUUCUCUCUUUUUCGAAUCACCAGGUUGCAGUAUUACACCUCACUUUGGCAUGAUUCAGAAAUUCAUGAAUGAUCAUUGCUUGGUGGCCAAUCUUUUUUUUUUGGAUGUAUGCAUCUUCUAUGCACAAAAUAAUCUCCUGAUCAGGUAUUUUUAGCCUCUUUUAUUUGUCGCUUUUGUACUUUGGUCGGCAACGUGGUCGACGCCCGUUUCUAAUCAGAUGAACUGUUCAAAAGAUUCAGAGGCACUGUGCAGCCCAAGACAUUUCUUCAGAUUCAGCAGACAUAAAGACUGUGACGUGUCUGAAAGGAGCAAAAGUGGCAAAAAAAGAUCGACAUACUUGAGUCAUAUUUCAAGAACUGGCAAACCUUUGAGACGGUCCAAUAUAUGCAUGGUUAGUUUGAGUGUACAUAUGACUGUAAAAUAAGAAACUAAAAGUGAACCAGUGCACUUUAAUGUGUGUGGCAUGUACGAAGUCAAAAGACUGUAGAAUGAGGAAGUCUGCUAUCUUCACCCCUGGGUCUGGAGUAUUAUUCGGCAUUAUGCUUCAUUUUACUUACACAUACGUUGUGCUUUACUGCAUACCGGGGUGACCACAGGUAUACAGUUUCAGUUCAAACAUUGUAAAUUCUACUUUGAAUAUUUCAGAUGACUAUUAUAUAGAAAAUGUGAAAACAUCUGGCACAUAAGGAAAAGUUUUAAGCAGCAAGAACGAAAACAAUUGAGGAAGCUAACACUCUUUGAUUUAACACAACCUUCUGGUACAAGUAACACUGGUAUUAUCCAGUAUCAAAUAUUUUCAGAUUCUUGUAAAAAAAAACAAAAAAAACAAACGUAGUCGAUGUGCCUGAUUAGGAAUAGCCUUAAAUCUGAGAAUUAAAAUGUAAAACUUGGAUUUGUAUCUGACUAAUUGAGACUGUUUGAGGACAUGUGGACACUCUGGUGCAUUUUUGUGUUUCAGGUGGGGUGAAAAUCUCUAUCCAUUACAGAUUUCAGCCCAAAUAUCUCUUGCUCGAAACGUUUCCAUUUUACAGUUGAUCUGUAAAAUGUCAGCGAUUUCACACCAACCAGAACAAUAUUAUCACACAGAUACGGUUGUUAUGGUGUCACGUUUAGACUGGCGUAUAAUACUCAUGUCACAUCUCACUGCACUGCUUAAUGUAAAGUCUUGUAUCCUGUGGAAAUGCACACGCACAGGACAGACCUCCUGCACACGUGUGGUGCGUGUAGUUGAAAGAGUACAACGCCAGCUUCUCUGGUGCUAAAGAGUCUUUUACUCAGGGCUUCUCCCACUCAGCGCCCUGUUCCUUUCAAUCCCUAUUAAUGCACAGUUGUGUUUUGUCAGCCCAGCUCAUAAAGAACUAGCUAAUAAUUUAAGUUACAGCAGGGAAAGCACAUGAUGAAGUCAGCUCUGGGAUUUCCUCCUCAACUCUUCUGCUGCUCUGUUAUCUCAGAUUAGCACAAUGCUAAAUCCAGUUGUGUUCAGUACUAAUUACAACAUGUGUACUACCAGGACAGUCUGUUGUUUUGUUUUGUUUUGUUGUUUUUUUUGCUUUGUUUGUUUGUUUUUUUUUAAAUAUAUAUUUAAAAAAUCUAUCUAUACCCCAAUAAUGGUGCAUGUUGAUCAUCCCACUGGGGUAUUUCAGUCUCUGAUUUGUUUGAUUUCCUGAUUUGAUGGACCAUUAUAUCUUUAUCGAGUAAAGAGGAAAGAAGUUUUGCACAGAGACUAAUUAGAGACUAGAAGUGUUGGACUUGACUCACUCUGAGCUUUUGUAAUUCCCUUUCAAUAACAACAAUGCAGGAAUUCAACAAGUGUGUCAUUUCUGUUUGCACUAUUGAAUGAUGUGUAAAUAUUAUUUUGUAUUGAUUUGUCUUUAAACGAGUCCCCGCUGAUCUAUUUAUUGCAUUUUUCUGUAAGGCAAAGUGAUCUCUGUGAGACCGGCUUUGACAUUUGAAUAAAUCAAAUGAUGGGGGGGAAAAGUGCA